AUGACAAUCAAAACUAAUAGGGUGCCGUUUGAGGAGGCGCUGAACAUGACAGGGUUCAGUCGCUACAACCUGUAUACUUUCAUGCUGAGUGCCAGCAUCAUCAUUGGCAUGACCUUCGAGAUCUUCUCCGUCUCCUACCUGGUGCCAGCCAGCGCUUGUGAGCUGAACACCAGCAGCACACAGCAAGGCCUGGUGGCCUGUGUACCUUUGAUCGGUACAAUCGCCAUGUCACAUAUUUGGGGCUACCUGGCAGACACGAGGGGUCGACGGACGAUCCUCAUAGUAUCUAUGACAAUCACCUACAUUGCUGGGACCUUAGCCGCCUUCUCUCCUAACUGGAUAGUUCUAGGUUUCCUGAAACUUUUGUCAUCGGCUUCUGUAUCUGGUUCUUACGCUUUAGCUGUGACGCUUCUCAGCGAGUGUACUCCUAUGGCCCGAAGAAGUUCCCUUGUGUUACUGACGACCACAGUGCACUUGGCUUCAAUGGGAAUUAUGGCAGUGAUAGCCAUACCGGUUCUUCCAUUGCCCUUCUCCUACCACAUUCCAUUCUUGGAUAUCCAGUUCAAUUCCUGGAGGGUUUUAGAUCUGAUCUUCGCGGUUCCCAGUGCCCUCAGCAUCAUUGGAAGUUACUUUGCCUAUGAGAGUCCCAAAUACUUGGUGAGUGUUGGUCGGGAUGAAGAUGCUUUGGCAGUUUUAAGAGGAAUCUACACAAUGAAUACUGGAAAAAGUGCUGAUAAUUAUAAGGUAGAUGCUUUAGAAUUAGAUGAGGAACAGUCAUCAGCUCUCCACAAAGGUUUCUGGGGCUCCAUAGUAGCCCAGACAAUGCCUAUGAUCAAACCGCCUUUAUUGAAACAUACUAUUCUACUCUCAUUCCUGUUCGCCAUUACUUAUAUCACAAUGAACGCGUUCUUCGUGUGGUUACCCUUCAUAGUGAACGCAUUCAUGACGUCAGUGGUGGCGGGGCAGAAAGACCUCACCAUCUGCGAGAUGAUCAGACUCACUCACUCACUCAACUCCACAUCCACAUCCACAAUCCAGGCACAAGACUGCUCUAUGAACACAGAAGCCAUGACUCUGGUCUUCGGUAUCACUAUGUUCCUGGCUGUCGGGAACCUCUUCAUGAGCAGCAUCAUCAACUGCGUCGGUAGGAAACGACUGGUGAUUGGCAUACAGAUGAUUGCUGGCACAUCAGCCCUCCUCCUCAACUUCAGCCCCUACUGGAUCCUGAGUGCCAUCAUGUUCAUGGUGUUCCUGUCCGCCAUCUUUAAUUUCGGCUUCAUGAAUACAUACAGCGUCGACGUGUUCCCCACUUAUGUCAAAGCCAUGGCAGUAUGCCUCACCCUGAUGGUAGGUCGUGGUAGCGCAGUGAUUGGCAUCAACGUGCUCAAACAGCUGCUAGACAACAACUGUGAAGCUGCCUUCUAUAUUUAUGGAUCCAUCGCUUUUGGUGGUGGCAUAGUGGCCUUCCUUCUGCCUUCUGAUGAGAAGAUUCAAGCGCAGAAGAAAGUAUUAAAUACAAAAUAA